AUGGCCAUCACCGGUGAUAAUGCGCCCAGCGUGUCUGGCAGCGUCAUUAUGUUGACGGCUCUCGCCUUUAUCAGUUUUUUCAUGCGUGUAUAUUGCCGAGUGAGCAGAAGAUCCUGGUCCGUGGAAGAUUGGAUCAUGACGGCAGCAGUGAUACCCUUCUGCGCGCUGGCAGUAGGAUGUAUUGGGGGUUCGUUCAACGGUAUCGGCAUCCACGUCUCGCGGUUAAGCCAACCCGAAAAUACAAAGUACCAGGCGGACGGUCAGAAGUUCUUCCUUAUCUUCGAAGUGGGAUAUUGCGCCGCCAUCAUCCCAAUCAAGCUCAGCAUCAGUUGGAUGUUAAUUCGUGUGGCUGAGGGGCGGAAGAUGUAUAUCUACAUCCAGUAUGCAACGAUCGCGGUCUUCACACUGAUGAAUAUCAUCGCAUUGAUCUUCAUCCUCACCAACUGCAUUCCCACCGAGGCCAUGUGGGACGCAAGUAUUAUUGAAAAGGGAGAAGGUCACUGUCAACCUGCUCACGUCCUGACGGAUGUCUACUACGCCACUACCGCCGUGAACAUUACCACAGACUGGAUUACCGCUUUGAUGCCAAUCCCCCUCCUCUGGAAUGUCCAACUCGACCGCAACAGCAAGACCGCCGUAAUCGGCCUCAUGAGCCUCGGAAUCCUUGCCUCACUUUCAGCCUGCAUCCGCCUCAAGUACACAAUCAACCUCACCAACCAAACGGACUUCCUCUACGCCGUCGCCAACGUCGUGAUCUGGGGCUUUGCCGAAAACGCCAUCGGCAUGUUCGUCGGCAACAUUGCCACCCUCCGCCCCCUCUUCCGGAAGCUUUUCGACAGCACGCUCCGCCGAACAGGAUAUGCCAGCCGAAGCCGGCCUUCGCGUCUUACUUCCAACUAUGAGCUCUCGCAGCACGGCCAUUCGAAAAGCCAGGACGGGUACAUGUCUUCGACUGUAACGGAGGUUAAGGGGAAUCAUCAGGGCAGGAGGGGACGCAGGGAUAGUCAGCUGAGUGAUGAUGAUAGCCAGAAGUUGAUCUUCGAUGGCAGGGGUCCUGGUGUUGGUGGCGUUGGCGUUGGUGCUGGUGCUGGUUCCCAGCGGACGGACAUCAUGGUUAGCCGACAUGUUAAUGUCACUUACGAGCCGUAG